AUGAUUGAGAGCAGCAGUGCUUGGGGCGCGGUGGUGGCGAUUCGCGCGCAUGCAGCUCCUGGCGCCAGCACCCCGUCGCGUUGCUACAUUCCGACGUGCAAUAGAAAACGUCGCCGUUCGAGCCAAGACACACGAAGCGCCUUAGUGGUCAAUGGAGACGCCGGUAAUGCUUGUGACGCCCAACCCUGCAAAAACGGUGCCUCUUGCCGAGAAAGAGACGUCCCACAAAGCAUCUACUACGAGCCUCAGAAUCGACUUCCCUACGAAUGCGACUGUCAAUUCGGUUGGGAGGGCGUCAACUGCACCAUAAAUGUCGACGACUGCAAAGGCAAUCCAUGCCAGAAUGGAGGCCGGUGCGAAGAUAAGCCAAACGCCCAAUUCGUCUGCCACUGCAGAGAUGGUUUUAUUGGCCAAAAAUGCGAGUACCGCGACCCCUGUUUGGAUUCGCCCUGCCAAAAUAACGGCCGUUGUGAUUCCUCGCCACUUGGAGUUUACCAGUGCAUUUGUCCGCGAUGGUAUGAAGGGCAAAACUGUGAAAAGGCUAAGAUACCUUGCGAAUCGACCCACAAUCAAUGCCGAAAUGGCACUUGCGAGGUACUCUAUGAGCUCUUCGAAACUCGGGUUCAGAGCCAACCAAAGACGGCGUCCAGAAUUUCAGGAUUUCGAUGUAACUGCAAUCCUGGGUGGACCGGCGUCUUUUGCGACCGUGAACUCGACGUCUGUCUGCACCACGAGUGUCAGAACGGGGCCAAAUGCGUUGGCGUGGGCAACCAUUAUCAAUGCCAGUGCCCUGAAGGUUUCGACGGUCUCCUAUGUGAGCAGCCAAUCAGAGCAUCCAUACCGAACCAAUCAAAUAAAAAACGCGAGGCUCAAAAUGGCCUGGAUGAAAAGUGCCAAGUUCUGGGCUGCGCCAACCUAACAGCAACAAAUGGAACUUGCUUAGGGCGGUGCAUUCAAGCAGGAUGUUUCAACCAGGAGCAGCUGAAUGCGUGUAGGGCUUGGAUCGACUGCCUGGAAGCAACGAAAUCUGACUUCGGGCCCGGACAGAGGUCCUGCGUCGAGCGCUAUCGAGAUGGUGUCUGUGAUCACGAAUGUGCGAUAUCUAGUUGUUUCUACGAUGGAUUCGAUUGCACAGACGCAGGCAACCAAAACUGGUCUUCACCCAACAUGGAUAUUAACCGAAGAAUGUCUACUUUUACGCCACCAAACAGAUCGUCCUGUCCUACUGAAGAUCAUUGUACGGCGGUCUAUGGGGACGGUGUAUGCCACCCGGAGUGUAAUUUCCCCACGUGUGGUUUUGACGGAGGCGACUGUCUAACUCCGCUGGAUCCAUCAACACCGCCUCGCAUAGACAACGUUCGAACCGGCUACAUCGCUCUCGUUUUAAACACUGAUAGAAACACAUACAUCACCCUGGAGAAAACUGUUCUCUCCCGGGUAGCAGAGGCACUUCGCGCAGUAGUUCGACCUGCAGUCGACGAAAAAACCCAACAGCCAGUUAUUGUAGACAUGGACGGCGGAUUAAGAAUAAGGAUUACACUUACAAUUGACCUCUUACCUGAGGGUUUUCAAGCGAAUGCCGGAGAAGCAUACGAAUCAAUAGACUUGGCUGCACACACACUAAAGGCGGCAUUAGAUACAAAGUCUGUUGACUUGCCUCUACCAGUGGCCCAGUUGUGGGUGGCAAAGGACCCGCACUCUCCGCCACCAGGGGAGACAACUCCCGUCACCCCGGGUGGUCUGCCUUUCCUACGGUCAAAGGAUGCCAUCGGUCUCUACAUUGUUCUCUGUGUGCUUUCUGGGGCAGUAAUAAUCCUACUCGUCUUUAUCGUGAUUCAACGGCGUCCGUGGAAGCAGGCAAGGAAGCGGGUGAGGACCCAUGGCAUAUGGUCCCCGCCCUCCUUCUUUUUCCAUAGCAGCGGCGGCGGCGGCAGUGCCCAUCCCCGUGCUCCCCCCGUGCUCUCCACCGACCCUGGCAUCCUCCUGCAACAGGGACACAAAACGGUCCCCAAAACAGCCGCUUCCCAGCUAGAGGAUCUGCUCCACCCUGGUGGCAAAAGACCCCGCUACUCACCCCCCACAACAGAAAGCUAUGAAGAGGAGGCCUGUGGGCUUUUGCAUCAAGAAAGUCAUACAGGAGGUUACACAACUCACCAAACCAUUGACCCGAGGCCACAUCGCCAGACCGACGCUGCUACCGCCGUAACUAAGGAGCUCACAAGCACGAUUCGGGGUUCUGACGGUCUCCAUCCCCUUAGUCCCGAAGCUCUCUCCAAACUCGAGGUAGUCAUUCGAGAUAAUCAACAUUCGCUGGCCUCACCACAGCUGUAUGUGCAUCCACACCACCUCAAGAGGUCCUUCUCUACUGUCGAAGCAUCUGAAUUCGAGUCCCCGGUGUUUGUGACCGGUGCUGGACGAGGCAUAGGUGCGGCCACUGACAAGUUGCAGCACCAGGAUUCCUUCGUCACUACCCGAAAUCCUUUAAAUGGGGAGACGAUUCUUCAUUUGGCCGCUCGAAUGAAUGUUGGAGCCCGAGCUAUUCGUCGUUUGUGCGGUACCCUGGUUGCCGAAGACGGUGCUCCUGCUUCAUCUGAAAAGACGCUCGCUCUUCUUUGUUUAGACAAGGAUGGACGAUCACCUCUCACAGCAUCGGCGGCGACAGAUGGAUUAGAGACAACAACCGCGUUGUAUCGACUUGAGAGGGAAGCAAUAACGUGCAGUCGAAGCGCCGCCUCUGCGCAGUCAGUGCCUCCAACAUCCACAUCAGAGGGUGGUGGAGCAACUUCGAAUGAAAAACCGUCAACGGAGGCCCGUCGCCGUGCACGCCACGUUGAGUCACGACGCUCAACACCCUUAAUGGUGUCGCUCAAAGCUGGCUGCACAGAGGUGACAAAACUCUUGCUAGACGAAGGAUGCUCCAUUCAAGGGGUGGAUGAGACUGGGCGAAACCUUGUGCAUUGGGCGGCGGUCCUAAAUGCCGCUUCUCUGCUUACACGAAUCUCGCACACAAAGGGCUUCUCGAGGAUGCUGGAGGCGCGAGAUGACUGUGAUAGAACCCCUCUUUUGUUGGCAGUGCGCGAGAACUCGCUUGAAGCCGCGCAAAUUUUGCUCGAACACCAAGCGAUAAUUGACGUUUUUGACUACACUGAUAGCAGUCCAAUAAGCGAAGCAAAAGCACGCGGUUUUACUCGUAUGUUGGCCCUGCUGAUGGAGUACAAACAACGACGAAAUCCUGUCGGGGGAGCUGGACCUGGUACACGCCCCCCUGCGUUAAAGGAACGCCACGAAAGCGAAAGCUCUGCUACUUCAACAAAUUCUGAAGAGGCUGCUGGUUCGGAAUUUGGCGCUACCCGCAUUAGUACGGACAAUGCUACUUCCUCAGCACAGUACACUCCACACUACCAAAAUCCUCAAAUUUCUCCCCCCGAUGAUACUCCAACGUCCUCGGCUGGACCUGAAAAAUGGCAUCAAAAGUCCUUUUGCACUGAAAUUAUAAAACCCGAUCCAUCGAUUUGCAGCAGCGGCAGUGGAGUGCUUAAACAGGAGGAUCGCAUUUCACCACAGACCCCUUCAACAUGGAGUCCUCCUUUGAUGGCGCCCUCAAGCAUCAAGGAGAUCUCUCCGCCGGCCACAACAACCCCGUACUGGCAGCAACAAGGAAGCUACGUUGAGAACUACUACAAUGGCGGAGAGCCCCAGUUUCCUGCCCCGUUUCCCGGAAACGGAUUCGAACAAGCACAUCAGGUCUACCAGAGGAAGUACCAAGAUCAGCAACGGCCAAAUCAGCAGCAGCAGCAGCAACAACAACAACUUCAGGUUCAACAAAUGACACCGAAUGGACUGUGCUCUCCAAGAUCCAGGCGACCUCCGUGUUACUCAGCAGGUGGACAGCCUUCUGCAAGGGGCAUGUUCGUGGUCCAGUUGUAA